GGAUUGGCCACCUGGCGGCAAUCUGAAAAGACUAUAAAAAACCAGCCUGAGAGCUGUUACCUCACUGCUGUUUCCAUCUAUCAGCAGGCUGCAGGCAGGAAGAUUCCUUCUCUGCUCUCCUCCAAGGAAAAUGCAUUGAUCAGACAAAGGUCACAUUAGAGGUACAGUGACAAAGCCUUGCGCUGCGCCACCAUGCGGCAGAAGGCGGUAUCGCUCUUCUUGUGCUACCUGCUUCUCUACACCUGCGGCUGCGAGGAGACAGACCAAAGAAGACGCUCAGAGGACAGUGACUCCGGGCUCUGGGGCACGCUGACCUACAUGGCCGUCGGAGGAGGGCUCAUGGCCAUGGCACUGCCCGCGCUGGGCUUCGCGAGCACCGGCAUCGCCGCCAACUCGGUGGCCGCCUCGCUGAUGAGUUGGUCGGCCGUGGCGAACGGGGGCGGAGUGCCCGCCGGGGGGCUGGUGGCCACGCUGCAGAGCCUGGGGGCUGGUGGUGGCAGUGCCAUUAUGGCCAAGAUUGGGGCAUUUCUGGGUUAUGCUGUCCACAAGCAAAUGGAAAGCAGAGGGAAGGAGAGAGAGGAUGAGAAGUAGCCAGCAGCUCCCUGGAACUCCCUCCUUCCUCCUUGUCUUCCUUUUCCAGCUGCAGUCCAGAGCUUCCUCUGUCACACUUGGCAAUGACCUAGGUAAAAAAAAAAAAAAAAACAGAAUAAACGUCUCUCAGAAAACAC